AUGGUUUUUCUAACAACUAAAAUUAUGCAAAGGACUGCUCUCUUUGUGACGUUUGGGGGUUUGGUCACUUCUUUGACCACCGCCUUUCUUCCACUGUGGAAGACAAUGAACUCUGACCUGAAUGAGGUAGAGAACUGGUUCUCGGGUCUGUGGCUCACCUGUCUUUACACCGAGGAGGUGGGAAUUCAGUGUAAAGCCUAUGACUCCAUCAUGGGGCUGCCGAUGGACCUGCAGAUCUCAAGGGUGCUGGUGUCAGUGUCUAUAGGCACUGGAGGUUUAGCUCUGCUGGCUGCCUUCCCAGGACUAGAGGGGGUUGAGAUGUGUGUUGGGCGGCCUGGCCUGAAGAGACGGCUCCUCAUCCUCAGUGGGGUGAUGUCCUGGGUGUCGGGACUCACCACUCUGGCUCCUGUCUCUCUUGUGGCCUACACAACUGUGGUGGACUUUUGGAACGAGGGUUUUCCUGAUGUGAUGCCACGUUGGGAGUACGGAGAGGCAAUGUUCUCUGGGUGGUUUGGAGGUUUGGCUCUGGUCAUCGGAGGGACUCUCUUCUUCGUAGCUGUGUGCAUGGGGGACUACGACCAGCGGCCACCAAGUGUGCCAAACAGCCCUCAAGUGAUGCACAGGACAAAGUACUACCAGAAGACAGAGGUUUUAUAG